AUGCUCUCCCUCCGCCUCCGCCUUCCCAACGGGCCGUCGACGGCGCUGACCCUCUCGAGCGGCUUCCCGCCGGCACCGCUCGUGCUCAACGACAGCGACCCGAUCCGCGGCACGCUCCGCAACAUGGACACGGUGGUGGUCGCGGUGGGCGCCUCGGGUGGUGGCGGCGGCGGCAAGAAGAGGGCGGCGGCCGCGCUGCAGCUCAGCUCAGAGGACGGGAUUGGCUCGUCGCUGCUCGACGCCGUGAGCGGCCGCGGCGGGGACGACCCAGCGGCGGCGUUUCUCAAGGCGGCGUCGCAGUCGGCGCUCGCGCACCACGUGGCCGAGGUGACCGCCACGGAGCGGUACCACGCGGCGCUGGGAGGCCACUUUGAGAUCGAGGUGCUCGAGUCGCGUCGGCUCGACGGCGAGCCGACUGAGGCGGUCGCCACGUACAAGGUCGGCCGCAAGACCAAGCGGGAGCCGUUCGGGCUGCUCGCCCUCCCCGAGCUGCGCGGCGUCGUGCUGGCGGUGCUCGAGCAGCUGCAGACGGACCAGAGCAGCGCGAGCGUCGAGUUGCUCAAGCCCUUCAAGAUGGCGCACGUCUCCCCGCGUGUGUUUUGGAACAUGGGUUGGGAGGCGCGCGGGCGGCGGGCGAUGCUGCGCGAGGGCGAGUACGACUACGCGUGCAGCUGCCUCAACCGCGCGCUCGGGCUGCGCAUCGAAGCGGCGUCCGGCGACCACUCGAGCCCAUCGCUGGCGGAGCCAUGGUACUUGCACGGCUCCGCGCUGCUCCGGCGCGCUCAAGCGAUGUUGCCCGAGACUGUAGGCGCCGCCGACGGGACUGUGGAGCUCGACAAGGCGGAGCUCGACGAGGCGCUCGAGGCGGCGAGGGAGGGGCGCACGUUGGCGCAGGAGGCGGAGCUGGUCAUCGAGGCCGCAUGGGAGGCGCUCGAGAUGAGCGCGGCGCUGCACGCGCGGCAAGAGGGCCACGAGCUGCAGUGCGCCGAGGCGCACGAGCGGCUUGGCGACGCGUCGCUGCAGAAUGAGCAGCCCGAGCGCGCGCUGCAGGAGUACUGCCAGGCGCGCGACUUGCUCUGCACGCUGCGCGAGGGGGGCACCCUACCGCCGCACGACCGCCGCCUCGCCGACGUUGAGUUCUACCUCGGCGUGACCAACCUGCAGCUGGGCGCGCUCGACGAGGCCAAGGCGCACUACAGGCAGGCGGCCGCGACGCUGCGCUUGCGCCGCGCGACUCUGCUGCGCGCGAGACGGAUCGAAGAGCUGGUGGGGCACGUUGGCGGGGUCUAG